CCCAUGGCUGCUUCGGUGCACAGACCGAAUCCCAGAAGGGAAACGCUGGUCAUUAUGUUUGGAAGUAUCCGACCUUAUAACCCCUUUGGCGGGCUCCCAUUCGGAUCCCUUCCCCGAAUUGAAGCGCGGCGAUUCAGUGAUCUAGGGUUUUCGAAUCGCCACCGCCUCGUCCGCCGCGCCUCCUUCGUGUCUCCCGAGAGACCAGCGAAAGGGCUAUGCUUACUAUAGUUAAUGUCAAAAGAAUAAGUAUCCAUAAGAGGACAACUAGAUCAAGUUUACUGUUUAAGAGAUUUGGUUCUGCUUCCUCCACGUUAGCUGGUAAGCCCUGUUUGUAAGAUGGAGGAAACUUUGAUUCCUGGCAAGCGGAAAGUGCCUGAGCAAGAUUCAGAGGACAAAGCUGUAUUCACCAAUGAGGCUGCAGAGCCUGAAUCUGUUCCAAAAAGAAGAAAUCUUUCCCGCUCAUGCAUCCAUGAGGUUGCUGUUCCUAAUGGAUAUGCUUCUUCCAAAGAUGAAUCAAUCCAUGGAACCCUGUCCAAUCCAGUAUAUAAUGGCAAGAUGGCCAAAACCUACCCGUUUGAAUUAGACCCCUUCCAGCGUGUAUCGGUGGCAUGCUUGGAAAGGAAUGAAUCUGUCUUAGUAUCAGCACACACUUCAGCGGGGAAGACUGCAGUUGCUGAGUAUGCUAUUGCAAUGUCAUUUAGAGACAAGCAGAGAGUCAUUUACACCUCACCUUUGAAGGCUCUGAGCAAUCAGAAGUACAGAGAGCUCAGUCAGGAGUUCUCUGAUGUUGGCCUGAUGACUGGUGAUGUCACACUUGCACCAAAUGCCAGCUGCUUAGUCAUGACGACAGAAAUCCUCAGAGGAAUGCUUUACAGGGGUUCUGAGGUGAUAAAAGAAGUGGCUUGGGUUAUCUUUGAUGAAAUUCACUAUAUGAAGGAUCGGGAGAGGGGAGUUGUAUGGGAAGAGAGUAUAAUAUUCUUGCCCCCUGCAAUUAAGAUGGUUUUUCUCUCUGCUACCAUGUCAAAUGCCACAGAGUUUGCUGAGUGGAUAUGUAAUCUACACAAGCAGCCCUGUCAUGUGGUGUAUACAGACUACAGACCCACACCAUUGCAACAUUAUGUGUUUCCCAUGGGUGGGUUGGGUUUGUACCUUGUUGUGAAUGAGAACGAACAGUUUAAAGAGGAGAAUUUUAUGAAGAUGCAGGAAACAUUCACAAAGCAAAAGAGUCAGGCAGAUGGGAAUAGGAGUGGUGGUGCCAAAGCUAGUGUUAGGAUUGCAAAGGGUGGGACUGCUUCCACAGGUUCUGACAUCUACAAAAUUGUAAAGAUGAUUAUGGAACGAAAAUUUCAACCAGUGAUUGUUUUCAGCUUUAGUAGAAGAGAGUGUGAGCAACAUGCCAUGUCCAUGUCAAAGCUUGACUUCAAUUCCCAGGAAGAAAAAGAUGCUGUUGAACAGGUUUUCCGAAAUGCUGUGCUGUGCUUGAAUGAAGAAGAUAGAACAUUGCCUGCUAUAGAGUUGAUGUUGCCUCUUCUUCAAAGAGGCAUUGCAGUGCACCAUUCUGGACUACUUCCGAUGAUCAAGGAAUUAGUGGAGCUUCUGUUCCAGGAAGGCCUCGUAAAAGCACUUUUUGCUACUGAAACAUUUGCGAUGGGUUUGAACAUGCCAGCAAAAACAGUUGUUUUCACAUCUGUUAAGAAAUGGGAUGGUGAUAGCCAUCGGUAUAUUGGCUCUGGAGAAUAUAUCCAGAUGAGUGGAAGAGCUGGACGUCGUGGCAAAGAUGAACGUGGCAUCUGUAUUAUAAUGAUUGAUGAGAAGAUGGAAAUGAAUGUUCUUAAGGACAUGGUUUUAGGUAAACCUGCUCCAUUGGUCAGUACUUUCAGACUAAGCUAUUAUUCAAUUUUGAAUCUGAUGAGCCGUGCUGAGGGCCAGUUUACUGCUGAACAUGUGAUCAAAAAUUCAUUCCACCAAUUUCAGUAUGAGAAGGCACUACCAGAUAUGGGGCUAAGGAUCUCAAAGUUGGAGAAAGAGGCUGCUAUGCUCGAUUCUUCUGGAGAGGCGGAACUUGCUGAAUAUCACAAGCUGGGACUUGAUAUAGCUCAAUUAGAAAAGAGGAUUAUGUCUGAGAUCACCAGACCUGAACGAGUUCUGCUAUAUUUGGUCCCUGGUAGGCUGGUUAAAGUGCGAGAUGGUGGAACAGAUUGGGGUUGGGGAGUGGUGGUAAAUGUGGUAAAAAAGCCUCCAGCAGCAUCAAGUACAUUGCCUUCUUCAUUGGCCUCUUCUCGCGGUAGCAGUUACAUUGUGGAUACUCUGCUGCACUGCUCGCCUGGUUUAAGUGAAAAUGGUUCACGUCCCAAGCCGUGCCCACCUCGUCCCGGAGAAAAGGGCGAAAUGCAUGUGGUUCCUGUACCAUUGCCCCUAAUUUCUGGUCUCAGCAGUAUAAGAAUUGCAAUACCUUCUGAUCUCCGACCACCAGAAGCAAGACAAACUGUACUCCUUGCAGUGCAAGAGUUGGGAAAGCGUUAUCCCCAAGGACUUCCAAAACUUCAUCCGGUUAAAGAUAUGGGUAUUAAAGACCCAGAGCUUGUUGACUUGGUUCGUCAAGUUGAAGAAGUCGAGCAAAAAUUAUAUUCUCAUCCAUUGCAUAAGUCUGGUCAAAGUGAGCAGCAGUUCCAAUGGUAUCAGAGAAAAGCAGAAGUGAAUCAUGAAAUCCAACAGUUGAAGUCGAAGAUGCGGGAGUCACAGUUGCAAAAAUUUCGUGAUGAACUGAAAAAUCGUUCGCGUGUUCUGAAGAUGCUCGGUCAUAUUGAUGCUGAUGGGGUAUUGCAAUUAAAAGGACGUGCAGCCUGUUUAAUAGAUACAGGGGACGAACUUCUUGUCACUGAGCUGAUGUUUAAUGGUACAUUUAAUGAUCUUGAUCAUCAUCAAGUUGCUGCUCUUGCGAGCUGCUUUAUCCCUUGUGACAAAUCAAAUGAACAAAUACAUCUGAGAAAUGAGCUUGCGAAGCCUUUACAGCAGCUUCAGGACAGUGCAAGAAGGAUUGCCGAGAUACAACGUGAAUGCAAAUUGGACAUAAAUGUGGAUGAAUAUGUGGAAUCAACUGUUAGACCAUACCUGAUGGAUGUGAUUUAUUGUUGGUCAAAGGGGGCAUCAUUUGCUGAGGUAAUCGAAAUGACUGAUAUUUUUGAAGGUAGCAUCAUACGCCUUGCAAGGAGGCUGGAUGAAUUUUUGAAUCAGUUGCGUGCUGCUGCUCAUGCUGUUGGAGAGGUUGAUCUGGAGAAGAAGUUUGAAGCCGGUAGUGAGAGCCUUCGACGAGGUAUAAUGUUCGCCAAUUCCCUGUACUUGUGAGAAACCAUGUAUGUGUGUGUCAUCGAAUAGCUUUAGUUUCUCAUGCUAGGCUCGCUCCAUUUAGCUGAUCAUUCGUUGUUACUAAUAUCCAUGUUGUGUAUGAGAUUCCUGGAAAGAGGUUUUGCUGUUGCAAAAAGAAAAACAUUUUUGCAGAUCGACGGAGUUAAAGAUUUUUUAUUUUUUUGU